AUAUGGUCGUACAGCGGAGCCGUCAGUAGUUCCCCGUUGUAUCAUCGAAGGGAUUCCUUUUCGGAUCGCGUCAUAGCAGAACGGAUACUACCAGGAAACAUGGGGAGCUUAACACGUGGGUUACUAAUUGAGAUAAAAUCCGACAUAAAAAACAAAACUUCACUGCUGGCGAAGAACGAAGAAAUGACGGACGCCAUUUACAAUGCUCACUGGUAUUUGAUGAAAAAACCCGAGCAAAAUAGUUUUCUGAUAAUGCUACACAAAAGCCAAAACUUCAUCGAAAUGACGGUGGGUGGUUUUGCGCCACUCAAUAUAACCACUUUUGUUGCGAUAAUGAACAGAAUAUAUUCCUAUUUUACAAUGAUGAUCGGCGUUUUGGAGUAAGAAUUAUUACACACAAAGAUGAAGAAAAAAGUUUUCGGACAUGAUUGUUGCGGUUAUACUGUCAAGUAACAAUACAGGUUUUGAAGAGUUGUGUUCGUUCUCUUAAAAAAUAAAAACUAAA